GACGUUAUCAAUUCAUAUGAUCUAGAUCUCGGCUUUGCGCAUUUGUUGUAAACUAGCAAAAUGUCUACGGCUACUGGUGGAGCGUUUGGAGCAGGAAAAGCAGGGGCUCCAUUUGAUCCUCUUCAGUAUAUAAAAAGACCUCAAGUUAUUCUUAGGGCAGUUAGCUCGUUAUUUGCAAUUAUUGUUUUUGGCUGCAUCUCUUCAAAAGCUUGGUAUGCCCAUGCCUGUAUAAUGAACAGAGAUGAUAAUGCUUGUGGAUAUGGUACUGGGAUUGGUGUUCUAGCAUUUCUCAUUUGUAUUGGAUUUCUAAUAGUGGAUGCUUUCUUUGAGAAUUUGAGUAGUGUGCAGCACAGAAAAUAUGCAGUCCUUGCAGACCUAGGCAUUUCUGGUCUCUGGACAUUUUUGUGGUUUGUCGGCUUCUGCUAUUUAACUGAUGCUUGGCGUAAAACUGAUAAAGGAUCAAUGGAAGCUACUCAUGGAAAAGACAAUGUUCAAGCCGCAAUCGCUUUCUCAUUCUUUUCCAUUUUCACAUGGGGUGCUAUCACUUUCUUUGCUGUCCGUCGUUACCGCAUGGGCGCUCAGGAAGCUUUUGCAUCUGGUUAUGAUCAGGAUCCAAAUGCCUCCUCCCCGUACAGCUCUUUUCCAGGAAGUGACACUGGGGAUCCUUAUCAACAACCUCCAUUCAGUCAACAGAAAGAAGUUCCAGACUAUCAGCAACCUACAUAUUGAUUCUAGUCAUCUUCUUAACCGUUCUUUAACUGUUUGUAGAAGUGAGUUUGAAUGAAAGCUAAUGCAGAAAUGAUGUUUGUAGGUAUUAGCUAUGUAUGUAGCCUGUACAGUCUGGUGUUCAUUUGUGUUAGAUUGUUAGUGAUUAGAUGUUUCUUGAUUGUGAAAUUCAAAGUUAUAUAGUUAUAGCAUUAAUGUUGUUUUAAGAAGAAUAAAUUCUUUUUUUUUCUCUGCCUCCAAAGUUUUUUAAAACUUGUUUUUUUAGCAAUCUAUUAUACUAUUAUAAAUCCUAGUAGACGAUUGUUCUAUGUCUGUUCAAAACAUCACACAAACCUAACAUAAUAGUGUUUAUCAGACUGACAGUCAUUUAAAUGUUUCUUUAUUAAAAGGGUGUGUAUAUAGAGGAAUGUCUUUAUUGAAGAGUGAAGUAGGCGUAUACCUGUUGAUGUUAAUCAAACUUCUUUGUCAUGGUAUUUAUGCUGAAUAGUUGAAUGUAUAUAGUUUCUGUAUGUUCUCUAGUGUUAUCUACAUGGUGAACACCAUUAGCAUUGUCACUUUGUUUUGGCUAAUAUCUGCAAAGAAACAAAAAUCCAUCUUUAAUAGUACUGGUACCAGACUUUUGAAAUUGUACACAACUGUUUUGUUUUUAAGAUCUUCAGGUUUGUAUAUUUUGCUGAUUUUGUUUAUGUACAUAGAAUGUAUUGGCACAGUGAUCAUUUUAUGUAAAAUAUUUUGAAUUUUCUUUUGCUUUGUUGCUAAAUACAGGUGGUAUUUUGAUUUUGUCUAGAAUAUUUAUUUGUUUAAGCUUAUUCUUUUCAUUUCACUAAUUGAUUUGCUUUAAAUAUUCCUUAAGCAUUUCUUUUUUUUUUUUUUUUUGGCAAGAUAACAGGGAGUGUCAUAAGACAAAAUUCAUUUCAAAUAUGUUUUGUUUUUACUUAAGUAGCAUUCAUUUUCAUUUUUAAUGCAAAAUAAUGUAUUGCAACAUGGCAUAUUUUUUCAUUUUCAAUCCAAUUUUCAAAUAUAACAAGUAGAAAUCAAUUAGCAUAUAUUACAGUAAACUUAACUCAUUAAAGCCCAAAUUCUGUUUAACUGAAGUUGUAGUAAAUACAUUGGAGUAGCAGCUGUUGCCUAGUUAGCUAGGAAUCUCAUAAUUUUCUUUGAAAUUUUAACAUCUUUCACAUUUCUUUAUAGAAUGUCAUAAUAUUUAAACUACUUGUUCUUUAACCAAUUCUGAAAAUUCCCUUUUUAUUUCAUAAUAAAUAAGUAAAUAAAAGAAUGACGGUGGCAAAUAUAAAAAGUUAAUUUUUGUUAAAAAUAUUGAAUGAAAUUUAGCUGCCAAAAAAUAAUUUUUAAAACCUAUCAAAUAGUUCUUUUUUGACAUGGGUUGUCUUCCUUGCUCCCAUUGCAUGCUCAGUGAAUUAUAGUUAUAUAUCUUAGGUGGACAUUUGGGGGAAGGGGGUUUUUGGUAGGAAGUGGUUUACAUGCUACUUUAAGUGCUCACCAAACACAAGUCAGCUAGGGCCAAAUGUGGAAAUACAUUUCUCUAUUCUACAUUUGAAUUGAAAUUCCUUCAGUUAGGUAGCCAAGUAGUUUGUACUCUUAGGUAAUGAAUAUAUCAGGUAAUGGUCAUCCUAACUUAACCAUCUUAUAAAUAAAUUAGCAUUAAAUUUAUGAUUAAACACCACAAAAAUAUUUUAUUUUGCAUUGCUCCAUUUCUUUUAUGUAUUAUUAUAAAAAGGAGGGUUGUUGGGAAUGAAUUCUUAAAACAAUUUGUCGCAUAAUUUAAUAAAUAGGCUUUUUCCUUGUAAUAGUUUCUAUUACUUUUAUUUUGUACUUGAGAUCUGAACAUAUGAUUUCAAUGCUCAACAUUUUAUUCAAUAAUAAUAUAUAUUUUAAUAAAAAAUUUUAUGAAAUAAUAAGAUUCUUGUUGCCGUAAUUCUAUGCCAUUGAAUAUCUGCUGAAAUAAGCACUAUUGUUUUGAAUAGGAAACUUUGGGAAUUACAGCCUAGAUCAUCUAAAUUUAUAUAUGCAUAUGAUUACAAUUUAAGUAAUGUAUCAACCAUACGUUUGUUAAGUUAUUAAUGUCUGUACAAAUAAGUCUUAAUAACAUUUUACAAUUCGUAAAUGUUUUCGUUUGGAAAAUCUCUACUGUAAUUGAAAAAAAAAGUCAUGGAAUGUCAUUUUGUAAGAAUGUUGUCAACUUAGUUUUAAAAAGCUGACAAGCUACUGAAAACAAAUGUCUAUCACAUGGAAAUCUAGAUGUUAGAACUACUUGAAUACUUUGAUGGUUAUGAAGAGAUAUUGCUUGAUAGUUUUACUUUUUCUAAGACCAAGUGUUCCAAUGUGAUACACAGCUAUAUGAGCAUCCACAGGAAUGCUAUAAAGAAGUGUGCAAUAACUUGAUAUUACCCAACAAGAGAUACACAUACAUAUGAACUCUUGUGUCUAUUUUAAUUUAGACAAACACUAAACUUACUUUAUUUUGUGCUAGAAAGUAAGUUUUUCAAACAAUAGCUUUUUUUUUUUUUUAAGUAGUAGCUUUUGUAUUUCAGCUGUUUGACUGAGUUUUGCUGAACAUAUAUUCAUGUGCUUUAAUAUUAUUUGCAUUUCUGUGAUUUAGUUUAUUAAUUACACAGAUAAUUGGUUGUGCAUAUUGUUUUUAUUCAUUUGCUAAAACUAAUUUUAAGCUUUAUUUAAGCUUUACAUUUUUUAUUUUCUUUUGCGUUUUCACUUUUUCCAUAUAAAAGCCAAAAAAAAAAAAAAAAAGAACAGUGACAGAUCUCGAUCUUGUAAAAUAGAUUCAAAAAGACAACUUUACUUCUAGUUUUUAACAAUUUCAGCAACUAAGGAGAAAAUUUUGUUGAAUGUAGAGUUUGAAAGUUAAAAUAAUACACAUUUUUAAAACUAAUUUCUACUAGUCUGUGUUUCCUUUUAUUUUCCUCUUAUUGGUACUAGAAACUAAUUCUAUCUUGUCCUUAUAAAGAUUUUUCUGUGUGAAUACUAUAGAUCUGAUUUUCAGCCUAUUAGAUUGCUUGUAUUUGUUACAACUGACUUUCUGGUGUGUUUGUAUAGUUGUGUUAAUGUAUUCCAGAUAUUUUUGUUCCAAACAUUGUAGAUAGAUAUGCAUUUGAUUCCAUCAAUGACAUUUUGUGUUACAUUCCACUGCAUGAUUGUGUUUAGUCAACUAAUGAUCUUCUUUUCUAAAAACUCACUUUUUAAUUUUAUGUAUUCAAUUAUUGUUUUAAACAAAUAAAUAAUAAAAACACUACCUACAGAAAAAAUAAAUGAUAAAAACAACACCUACAGUAUCAUAAAUUAUAACAAAAGAAAGUUUUAUAUAUAUAUAUAUAUAUGUGUGUCAAACUCAAGAACGAAAAACAUCACAAAAUCUACUGUGUAGCUUAACUUGUAGCAUUUAACUUAAUCUUUAUUUACUGUGAUGAAUCAAAUGGUAGAACCAGUAAAUAUUGGCCCAAUAUAGUCUUCAUGGUUCCUAUGUAACAUGAACUAUAUAUCAAAUAACUUAGCUGAAAGUUAAAUUACAAUUUUUGUAACCGAAGAAAAUGUUAUCAUUUUUUCUCUUGUAUAAACAAUUGUAAAUAAAUGGUAUAAUCCGUGAUCAAAUUUAAAGUAAAUUUAAAAAAAAAAAAAUUGGAUUAUGGUUCUGAAGUGACAUAACUCAUUUUUAGCAACAAAAAAAAACAAAGUUAGGUGUACUGUAAUACAGUAUCAAAUGUGUUGAAUAUAAAUAACAAUUUCUUAAAGUGAAAAUGGUUUCAAUGUAAAACUUUUUUUAGGUGUUUGCUAUAAUGUAGAGUAAAAAAAAAAUAUCAACCUAUUUAAUAAAGAUGUGUGUUUGAUUUAUGAGCUGUUCUGUUAUAUUUAGAAGUCAAGUUAAAAAGAAAAGCAGGUUCAGCUAUUGUUUAUGAUAGUGGUACUGAGAAUUAGAGCAGUACUGGUACUUCACAAUAUAAAGAUGAUCACCAUUGGAUCAAUCUCAGGACCCUCUGUUUGGUAACAGAUAUAAGAAAGUGGGGUGGGGGUAUUUUAAAGUCUAUAGACUAUGCAGAAUAUACAAGCAUAGUAAGGCACUAGAUUAUGAUUUUAAAAUAGAAUCAGUUGACGAUAUAAUCAGAAAAGCAAGACAAUGAUUUGUUUGGUUUCCUCCCUUUUUUUGUGUAAGAUUAACUUUUGUGAUCAUCUUUUUACAAGAUGCCAUUUUGAUGUGAUUUCUAAUAGUGUCCUUUACAUAAACCAAUGGGUGAACUAAGUCUACUUUGAACACUUUGUUUUAUUUGUGCUUAUGUAGUAGGUGUAACUCAAGUAUUGGGCUCCUAGUGUUAUAUAGUUAACCUUGAAUGCCCAUCUUGACUGUAAUAGUUGUACAUUGACAUUCACCUUCAUGUGUAGCUUGUAGACUUUCACUGCUGUUCAUGUAGACCUAAUAAACCUGCUCUGUCAACUUGAUUGUUUAGGUGUCUGGUAUAGAAUAAAAGCAACUUGUCAUAGCUGGACUCUUCCUUCAUAUUGAUAUCAUCAUAUGACUUAUGUUAAUAUAUUUUUUAAUUACCUUUUCACAAAUCUGAGCACUUGAAGUCUUAUUGCUGUUGUGGUCAUUUUCAAUCUGUUAUGGUAGUUAACAUACAUUAAAUUGGUCAUUUUAGACAAACUUC